AUGGAUUUAUUCCAUAAUACACUAAAUCCACUUCUUCAAGACCAUGGAGUUGGUGGGAUAGCUAUUUUCGUCAUCGCCGCUGCAUUGGCCAGCUUCACAAUCUGGACAGCUGCGCAGUGGUACCGCCUUAGCCAUGUCCCGGGCCCACUGAUUGCAUCCCUCACCAGCUUGUGGGCAUUCCGUGCGUCCCUAGGCGGGCAAUACCAUACGAUUGUGCAAGAACUCCAAGAAAAGUACGGCAAAGUUGUGCGCAUUGCGCCUAAUGACGUGCUUAUUUCGGAUCCCGAUACUCUUUGGAAAAUCAACUCAGCUCGCUCUCUCUGGACCCGGGGUGGCUGGUACGCAAGUAUGCGGUUCAACCCCUACGGCGACUCCGUCUUGAGCGAGAUAGAUAUGGCUGCCCACGACAAGCGCAAAGCCAAGCUUAUCUCUGGUUUCUCAGGCAAAGGCCUUAUGGACAUUGAAAGCAGCUUGGACCUACAACUUAGCAUUCUAGUCGAUGUGCUGAAGCGAAAAGUGAGCCAGGGCAACGGCCAGGCCGUUAUCGAUAUUGGCCGCGUGCUCCAAAACUUCCAGGUCGACCUUAUAACUCUGACAGGGACCGGCAAGGCAUGGGGCAACUUGCCUACGGAUAAGGACCAUUUCAAUUACCUGGAAGACGGCGAUAAGUCCUUUCAAUUCAUUCAGUCAACUGCCAUGGUACCACCCCUCCGACACCUGUUGUUCUCUCCUCUCUUCCUCCGGUUAUUUGGCAGUAAACCAACAACUGGAUGGCUGGGGUCAGCAAUUCCGCUUCUUUUAUUCCUGAAGAGUGCUGUUGAACGGCAUACAGAAGAUAACAAUGAUGAAAAGCCAUCAGACACAAUGCUAGCCGAGUGGUUGAAGCACAAGAUAUCGCCCCUGGAAGCAGAGCUUGAUCUCUCGAUCCAAUUGCCCGCGGGAACCGAGACUUCGAUUGGUACUAUAAGAGGGCUACUGUUGUACUUGAUGACUACACCACGUGUUUAUUACAAAGUCAAAAAAGAGAUUGCCGAAGGUAUCCAAAACGGUCGUAUUUCGAGUCCGGUCACAAACGAUGAGGCCAAGAAUCUCCCGUAUUUGCAGGCCGUCAUUAGUGAGGGUAUGCGUGUCGCAUCGCCAAUAGUCGCCGGCUUCCCGAAAAAGGUCCCUCCCGGAGGAGAGGUUAUCUGCGGCCAGAUGCUGCCAGCAGGCACCGAUGUUCACGCCAACUACGUAUCAAUGAUGCGCGACCGCGAUAUAUUCGGCGACGACAUUGAAAUUUUCCGACCUGAACGCUUCAUCGACGCCGACGAAGCGACCAUUGUAAGGCGCCGCAAAGUCAUAGACCUGAAUUUUGGUUACGGUCGAUGGCUAUGCUUGGGCAGGAUCUUGGCGAUUCUGGAAAUCAACAAGAUCUUUGUCGAGCUGCUUCGGGCUUUUGACUUUCAAGUCGCUAACCCCGAAAAGCCUUGGAGGCGAGAAUCGGCCACCACAACCUACAUCCAAGCCUUCAUUGCCCGUGUGACGAACGACCCAGUUGGCUGA